CGUGCGUACGCCCCGUCCCUCGGCGUGGGCGCCUCCAUCAGCUCCGCCGGCAUCUCCCCUCCUCCUCCUCCUCCCCGCACACCCACACACUUUCCCCGUCCCUCCUCCCCGCCACUCCGCAGCAGAGUGCUUUUGCAGCCUGACGGCUCCUGAGAAAGGAGGUGUGCAGCUUUUUUUUUUUUUUUCCUUUUUAUUUUUAAUUUUUUUUUUUCUUUUCUCCGGAGCGGACCCUUUGGGAGGAGCAGCUGCAGCAGCCGCGGCCACGCCGGGACCGAGCAGGGAGGAUGGCCGGGGGGCGCCUCCCGGGGCUGCUUCUCCUCUUGCACGCCGCGGCUCGCCUGGCCGCCGAGCAAGAAGUUGAAAACCUCUCCGGGCUCUCCCCUAACCCCGAGAAGGACAUCUUCGUGGUGCGGGAAAACCGGACGACUUGUCUCAUGGCCGAAUUCGCCGCCAAGUUCAUCGUCCCCUACGACGUGUGGGCCAGCAACUACGUGGAUCUGAUUACGGAGCAAGCCGAUAUCCCGCUGUCACGGGGCGCCGAGAUGAAGGGCAAGUGUGGCACUAACGAGUCGGAGCUGGAGCUCUCCUGGCUGGAGCAAGCGUACACCCUCAAACUCUUUUUCCUGAAGGAGGGGCACAACACGUCCCGAGGGCCGGAGGCGUUCUGGAGGCUCAGCCGGAUCCAGUUCACCUACGACACCUCCGAGCGCACCUACUUCAAGGACGCCGUGAGCCCCGGGAAGCACACGGCCAGCUCGCACCGGCUCUCGGCCCUGGUCACCCCCGCUGGGAAGUCCUACGAGUGCCAGGCCCAGCAGACCAUCUCCCUCAUCUCCAGCGACCACCAGAAGUCCGUGCAGCUCCUGCUGUCGGAAGUGCGGCUCCAGCCCUUCGACAUCCCCGCAGAUUUUGUCUUCAGUGAAGAACACAAGUGCCCAGUGGACCAGAGGGAGCAGUUGGAAGAAACUCUGCCUCUGAUUUUGGGCCUGAUCCUGGGCUUGGUGAUCGUGAUCACCCUUGGCAUUUACCACAUCCACCUCAAGCUGACAGCCAGCCAAGUGCAGAUUCCUCGGGACAGAUCUCAGUACAAGCACAUGGGAUAGGGAGCGGGAUCGAGCAACCCGAGUAUUCAUCAGGUAGAAAAAGCAAAAGCACUUUUUUUCCUGUGGGUGAGGAAAGGUUAUGGGGGGGCAAGAGAUGGUAUUCACAGCACCUCAUGGUGAGCAUUUCAUGGGGACACGCAGGUCAGGGCCAGGCCUUCACUCAGUCAGGGCAGAGUCUGUAAGAGGACUCGGUGUCUGAUGUGAGGUGUCUGUGGCAGUAGGUGGUUUGAAUACCUUCUUAAGCAGCUGGGCUGAUCAUCUGGAAACAGAAAUGCUUCACAUGUCAAAGUUUAACAUUGGGAGCAAAAUUAGCUUUUUUUUGUUCUUUUUUUUUUUUUUUUUUACCUCCCCCCGCGCUGCUCUGGGAAGUGUUGAGCCCUCUCUGCUCCUGUCCGUGCAGGGAGCAGGGCUGAGGGACAGAGCCCCUUCAUUCAGGCCCUUUAAUGAAGGGACUCAAACCACAUUCCUAAGUUUGCACCCAUGUUAAGGACAGCAUGGAGGCAAAUACAGGUGUGUUUUGAAAAAAAAAAAUUAAAGGUCGGAACCUGGAGCUGAUAUUAACUGGAGUAACUCCAGUGGAGCAGAUCAAAGUCAGCUGUGGAGCUGACCCCACACUUGAGAUCGAGUGAAGAAAGUUUGUUUUUGCUUCUUGAGCCACAUCAGAACUCAACUUUAAAAAAAAAAAAGUAAAAAAAAAAGUAUCGAUACACAAAUUAUAAAGUGCCGUGCUACUGCAAGUCAACUGAGAAAUGCUUCUGGCUGGACAUCCUGCACGUAUUGUGAUUGUUGUUGAGAUGUUACAUUGCUACCUGCAACUGAUAUUUUCACAACAAAACAAAAAAAAAAAAAAGAAGAAAACAGUAAUGUUCAAGUUACUAUGCAGAUUAUUCAGGUAUAAUCUAAUGUAACAGAAAAAAAUAUAAGGGAGUCCUCAAAAUCUAUCCUUAAAUGUAGACAAUUUUUAAAAUUAAUUAAAACAUGUACAUAUAUAAUAA